CUCCGACGCUGAGAGGACCAGGAGGAGGAGGUUGAGGAGGUGCGCGCGCCGCUAGCCGUUGUUCCCCCCCCGUCCCGAGCCCGCGAUGAAGACCAAGUUCUGUAGCGGCGGCCAGGCCGACCCUUCGCCCCUGGGGCUCCUGCUGGGGUGCGGCCCGGCGGGCCCCGUCGCCCUGCCGGCCCUCGCCCCCUCGCCCGCCUCCGCCCCGUCGCUGCCGCCGUCGCUCGCCGAGAUGGACGCCAAGGACCUGCCGCCCCCGUCGCCAGCCGCCCCCCCCUCCCCGACGCCGCCCGAGGAGCCGCCGCAGCAGCCCGACCUCCGCACGCGCCGCAAGGCGUACCUCUGGUGCAAGGAGUUCCUGCCCGGGGCGUGGCGGGGGCUGCGGGAAGACCAGCUCCGCAUCACGCCCAUCAGAGGAGGCCUCAGCAACAUGUUAUUCCAGUGCUCAUUACCAGAUGCCAUAGAAACUGUUGGUGAUGAACCACGCACAAUUCUUCUUCGUUUAUAUGGUGCAAUUCUGCAGAUGAGGUCCUGUAAUAAAGGAGGCUCUGGACAGGCUCAGAAGGAAAAUGACUUACAGGGUGCAGAAGCUGUUGUUCUUGAGAGUGUUAUGUUUGCCAUUCUUGCAGAGAGAUCUCUUGGACCAAAACUCUAUGGAAUCUUUCCACAAGGCCGAUUGGAGGAAUUUAUUCCUAGCAGGAAGCUGGACACUGAGGAACUAGGCUUGCCUGAUAUAUCAGCAGAAAUAGCUGAAAAAAUGGCUAGAUUUCAUGGUAUGAAAAUGCCUUUUAAUAAAGAACCCAAGUGGCUCUUUGGAACCAUAGAGAAGUACUUAAACCAAGUGAUGAGGAUCAAGUUUACCAGGGAGUCACGUGUCAGAAAACUGAACAAGAUCCUGAGUUACAACCUGCCUCAAGAAAUGAAAAACCUGCGGUCCCUAUUGGAAGGUACUCCAUCACCAGUUGUGUUUUGCCAUAAUGACUGUCAAGAAGGAAAUAUCUUGCUGCUUGAAGGCAGAGAAGAUUCUGAAAAACAAAAACUAAUGCUUAUUGACUUUGAAUACAGCAGCUACAAUUAUAGGGGGUUUGACAUUGGGAAUCACUUCUGUGAAUGGAUGUAUGACUACGUGUAUGAAAAAUAUCCAUUCUUCAAGGCAAACUUCCUGAAGUAUCCCACAAAGAAGCAGCAGCUCCACUUCAUCUCCAGUUACCUGGCUGCGUCGCAAAACGGGUUUGAAAACCUGAGCAACGAAGACAAGUCCAAAGUAGAGGAUGAAAUGUUGAUCGAAGUCAACAGGUUCGCCCUUGCAUCUCAUUUCUUAUGGGGUCUGUGGUCCAUUAUACAGGCAAAGAUAUCAUCUAUUGAGUUUGGAUACAUGGACUAUGCACUCUCACGAUUUGAUGCCUACUUUGACCAGAAGAGGAAACUCAAAGGGUGAAGGCGGAAGAUGGGACCAAUCAGUGUUUGUACUGUAUAAGGAAGGCAGCUGGGCAGAAAUUCCACUGUGCUUAGGCUACUGUAGUUGUAAUGAAGGUUUUGCAAAUUCCAGCUACUUGGGUGCAAUGCUGAAGACUGCACAAAAUGGCUAAGUUUACUUUUUUACAGUUUUAUAAGUCUCUGGAAUGAGAAUUGACAGCUGGAGUAUAAUAUAACAGUGCAAUAUCAAGUUUUUUUUAAUCUAGACGGUAUUAUGAGGGAAGCUUUCAGCUUUAAUGUGAACCAUCCCACACUUGAAGAGCAAACAGUGUUAACUGUGGGUACCUGUUUUUUUAACGGAGGCAUUUUAUUGAAUACUGUUAAUGCAUUGUAUAUGCUGCCAGGUAAUGGGAAACCCCUUGACGUGUUUAGGGAGAAUUGAUAUACUGUGAAGCUUGGCUGAAAACCUGUUUGCGAGCUGCUGUCCUCAUAGGGUAUGUCAAGCGAUUCAUCUCCAGAAAACUACAGGUCAACUAACACUAAUACAUAAUGGCUAAACAGCAAGAAAGGAGCCCCUGGCUUCUGUUCUCUGCAGGCAAAGGUAGCUUUCACUAACUGAUACCUUGAUGGAAUAAGGUAAUGCCGAGAAAUCUCAAACUGGGAAUGUACGAGUUGCCUUCCGCAUUAGCUCAUUCCACGUCUUUGACCAAGGAUGUCUGUUGACGGCCCAGCAACAAUUCUGCAGUAUUGCAUUGUUUUUGUACAGAUGUUCCCUGGGCAGCACUGGGAUUGAGUGCCUUUAAUUCCGCUAGCAGCCUCUUUGUGACUUGAAGGUAGAAAAGGGGGGCGAAUGAAAUGGGCCGUGUGCAAGGAAUACGUUUGACCAAUUAUGACAUGCUGGUGCCUUGUAGGGAGCACACUGCUCCUUGUUUAAAACCCUGACUUGCUGCUUGUUCUGCCGGACAAGUGGAUGUCUCUUGUGCAAAAAAAGGAAAUUUGUGGACUCUACAAGUAUUUAAUGUUCUUUUAACAGCUUCUAGGAAAUGUAUCCUUUGACCAUUCUUAUUUGAC